AUGGAAGGCCAUAUUUAUCGUCCGGUGCGCUUCCUCGAGCAAGCACGAAUUGCUUCUCAUGAGACGCCGACUACUUAUUUAGACUGGCCAACACAAAUCGUUUAUUUUAAAGAGCACUCUCACUCUCUAUCCCUCUAUCUCUCUCUCUCUCUUAACUUCAAUAACUCUCCUUUUCUUAUUCAGACACUCUGCUAUUAUCAAACAAUCUUUUUUACUUCGCUUCUCUCGUUCUCUUUCCCGCUCGUUACGUCCCGCCCUCUCUUACAACCAACCUCUGUUCUUCUCUUUCCUAAUUUAACUGUCUCUCUCUUCUUGCUAUUUUUAAUCUGUCUUGUUCUCUCUCUUCCUUUUCCUUCUUUGUUAUUAUUAAUCUCUCGUUCUUUAGAUCACUCUCUCACUCUCUCUCUCUCUCUCUCUCUCUCUCUCUCUCAUUCAAUAUCUCCCCUUUUCUUUUUCAGACACUCUCCUCUCCCGUUCUCUCUCCUUCUCGUCCCUAUUCACUAUACUUCUCGCUCACUCCGCUUCCUGUUAUUCUCAACCUCUCUUCUUUCUUUCUUUCUUUCUUUUUCUUUCUUUCUUUCUUUCUUUCUUUCUUUCUUUCUUUUCACUGAUAGUCUUAAUCUUCCGUUCUUUAGAUUCUUCCCUCUUUCUCUUUCCUUCAAUAUCUCCCCUUUUUAUUUUUCUAACACUUCGUUAUUCUCAAACAACCGUUUUUUGUCUCUCUUUGUUACUUUCAGACUCUCUCGUUCUCUUUCCCGCUUGUUAUGUCUGGCCCUCUCUUACUAUCAACUUCUAUUAUUCCCUUUCCUCCUCACUUUCCCUUUCCUCUAUUCUCAAUCUCUGUCGACCUCUGCCUUUUUUUCUCUCAGUUUCGACAUGCAACUUACAGAGUUGCACAGAUCCACUUGGAUUAUAUACCUAUGGUUUUGUUAUUCUAUCUAUCUAUCUAUCUAUCUAUCUAUCUAUCUAUCUAUCUAUCUCUAUAUAUAUAUGUAUACUCUCUCUCUCUCUUCCUCUAUAUCCCUCUCUAUAUAUCACCAUCUCUCUCUCUCUCUCUCUCUCUCUCUCUCUCUCUCUCUAUCUCGCUUCCUCUCUCUCCCUCUAUUUCUCCCUCUCUCUCUAUUUAAUAACCCUCUCUCUUCCUCUCUUUCUCCCUCUAUUUUCCUUCUCUCUCUCCCUCUCUCUCCUUCUAUCUCCCUCUCUCAUAACCCAUCUUCCCUCUCUCUCCUUCUCUCAAUAUAUCCCCCUCUCUCUCCCUCUAUCUCCGUCUCUCACCCUCUCACUAUCACUCCCCCUCUCUAUCUCUUCCCCUCUCUCAAUCCUCUCUCUCCCUCUUUCUCCCUCUCUCUCCCUCUAUCUUCCCUCUCUCGCUCACUCUAUAUCACUCCCUCUCUCUAUCUCUUCCCCUCUCUCAAUCCUCUCUCUCCUUCUUUCUCCCUCUCUCCCCUCUAUCUUCCCUCUCUCUCCCUCUCUCAAUAUUUCCACUUCUCUCUCCCUCUCUCUCUCUCUCCAUCUUCCCUCUCUCUCUCUCAAUAUUUUCCCCUCUCUCUCCCUCUCUCACUCUAUCUCACUCACACUCUAUUUCUCUCUAUCUCUCUCCCAUUUCCCCACUUUCUCUCUCUCUCUCUCUCUAUCCUUAAUAUAAACUUUAAUUUUAUCUAUCUAUCUAUCUAUCUAUCUAUCUAUCUAUCUAUCUAUCUAUAUUUCAGUCUGUUCAUAUCUAUCUAUCUAUCUAUCUAUCUAUCUAUCUAUCUAUCUAUCUAUCUAUCUAUCUCAGUCCGUAUCUAUCUGUCUCAUUCUGUUCAUAUCUAUGUAUCUGUCUAUCUACCUAUCUAUCUGUUUAUCUAUCCUUCGGCGAAGGCCAAAAAUAAACUAUUAUCUCCUAGAUUGCAAUCUAUCCUUCUAUUUUUUUCUCUUUUUUCUUAG